AUGGUUCGGCGCCAAGUGCCGCCGCGCGCCUGCAAGAGCAAGAGCCAGAGCGCCGCCAGGCCCAGUCUUAGUCCCAGCCGCCUGGCCAAGAAGCCCAGCCUGACGCCGACCACCGGUUCUCAGGCGCCAUCGCAGACCAUCGCAAAGUCGAGGCCCACCGGUCUCGAGACGAUUUUUGAACGGCCCGGCAAUGAGGACGACGGGCCCACCAGCAGCCAUGCCGUGGCAUUCGGCGAGUGCCAGCGCCGCGUCCUCGCCCUGGGUACGGGCGAAAAAAAAAGAACCCUGUCGCAGAAGAGCUGCCUGAAGGUGCGCAACACCUUGGGCGAACGCAGCACCCGGCACAUGAUGACACUGCGGGCGUCCCGCACUACUUUGGACAGCGUAAUGCUCGGGGGCUCGGACGAUGAAGGCGAGUCGGUCGGAGACGCUCCCGCAGUCGCUCCCGUAGCUGCUCCCGAAGUCGUUCCCGCUGGAGGAAAUGCCGGUACAAAUCAGCCGGCACCAUUCGUGCUGCGCACCAGCAGGAGGCUCAAGAGUCUGCCUCCGUUUUAG